AUGGCACCUUCGUUAUCACCAAUUAGAUCGCACCACGUGGCAGUAAUCGGAGCUGGAGCCGCCGGAUUAGUCGCGGCGAGAGAGCUUCGACGGGAAGGUCACUCGGUGGUCGUCUUCGAGAGGCAGAAACAAGUCGGAGGAACCUGGAUUUACACCGAUCAUGUCGAGCCGGAUCCGUUAAGCGUUGACCCGACCCGACCCGUCGUUCACUCGAGCGUCUAUGGCUCUCUCCGGACGAACCUCCCUCGAGAGUGUAUGGGAUACAGAGACUUCCCGUUCGCGAUCCGAUCCGGCGUCUCGGAAUCCAGAGAUCCGAGGAGGUUCCCGAGCCACGGUGAAGUUCUGGCGUAUCUGCAGGAUUUCUCUAAGGAGUUUGGGAUCGAGGAGAUGAUUCGGUUCGAGACGGCGGUUGUGCGUGUUUCUCCGGCGGCGAAAAGCGACGGCGAUGAAGGAAUCGGAAAAUGGAGAAUCGAAUCUACAGAGAAGGAGAAGAAAACUCAUCGCGAUGAGAUUUACGACGCUGUUGUUGUUUGUAAUGGACAUUACAUUGAGCCUCGUCUCGCUGAAAUUCCUGGGAUAAGUUCUUGGCCAGGGAAGGAGAUGCAUAGCCAUAACUAUCGUCUUCCAGAACCUUUCAAAGAUCAGGUUGUUGUGCUGAUUGGGAACUCUGCAAGUGCUGUUGAUAUAAGCAGAGACAUUGCUGGAUUCGCCAAAGAGGUUCAUGUGGCUUAUCGGUCAAAUCCAGCUGAUACGUUUAUCAAACAGCCCGGUUACAGUAACCUGUGGAUGCAUUCAAUGAUAGAGCGUGUCCAUGAAGAUGGUUCUGUGGUUUUUCAGAACGGGGAAACGAUUCUUGUUGAUGUUAUCAUGCAUUGCACUGGUUACAAGUACCACUUCCCGUUUCUUGAAACAAAUGGAAAUGUUACCGUUGAUGAUAACCGUGUUGGACCGUUGUACAAAGACGUCUUCCCUCCGGCAUUAGCGCCGUGGCUCUCCUUCAUGGGAAUACCGUGGAAGGUUGUACCGUUUCCGUUGUUUGAGCUGCAAGGCAAGUGGAUCGCCGGUGUUUUGUCCGGUCGGAUUAUGCUUCCGUCUAAGGAAGAUAUGAUGGGAGAGAUCAAAUCUUUCUACGCAACACUUGAAGCUCAAGGGAUCCCAAAGCGAUAUACUCAUCAAAUGGGGAAUGCUCAAUUUGAGUACAAUGAUUGGUUGGCUUCACAAUGCGGAUGCUCAGGAACAGAGGAGUGGAGGAAAGAGAUGUAUUUGACGACUGGUGUGAGGAGGAGAGCGCAUCCAGAGACGUAUAGAGACGAAUGGGAAGAUUAUCACUUGGUUUCUCAAGCUUACCAAGAUUUCUCUUUGUAUACACAUUAG